AUGCACGUCUCAGCCUUACUUCCUCUUGCUGCUCUCGUCCCUGCUACCCUUUGCCAGCUCAAUACCUUGGCCAAAGCAAAGGGAUUGAAGUAUUUCGGUUCUGCAACCGACAAUGGCGAACUCUCUGAUACUACAUAUGUUUCUAUCCUAUCAAAUACCGGCCAAUUUGGACAGAUUACUCCUGGUAACACUCAGAAGUGGGUCUAUACUGAGCCUACCCAGAAUACCUUCAGUUGGACCCAAGGAGAUGUCAUCACUAGCUUCGCUGAAGGCAACGGCCAAUUAUUGCGAUGUCACAACCUUGUCUGGCACAAUGAGCUUCCAAGUUGGAUCACCUCUGGCACCUGGACAAAUGCAACCCUCAUUGCUGCUCUGAAGAACCACAUCGCGAACGAAGUCACACACUACAAGGGGCAGUGCUACGCCUGGGAUGUUGUAAAUGAAGCCUUCAACGACGAUGGGACAUACCGUGUUGACGUCUUCUACACCACUAUUGGGCCAGAAUACAUCCCCAUCGCCUUCGAAACAGCCGCCCUCUACGACAGCACCGUAAAGCUCUACUACAAUGACUACAACAUCGAAUCAGCCGGCGCCAAAUCCACCGCUGCCCAAAACCUUGUCUCCUCUCUCAAAGCCCGCAGCAUCAAAAUUGACGGUGUAGGCCUCCAAGCCCAUUUCAUCGUCGGACCAACUCCUUCUCUCUCCUCCCAAAUCUCAAAUCUGAAAUCCUUCACCGCUCUCGGCGUUGAAGUUGCCUACACAGAGCUUGAUAUCAGAUUCACGAGUCUCCCGCCGACAGCAGCCGGACUUACGCAACAAGGGACAGAUUAUGCGAAUACUGUUUCUGCUUGUGUAGAGACGACGGGCUGUGUGGGUGUCACGGUAUGGGAUUUUACGGAUAAGUAUUCCUGGGUUCCGUCCACGUUUUCCGGACAGGGGGAGGCUUGUCUUUGGUAUUCGGACUUCACUCUGCACCCCGCGUAUUAUUCUGUUGUUUCUGCGCUUGGAGGUACGGCCGCAACAACCACACUAGUGACGAGCAGGACGACUUCAAGUGCGACUGCAACAACAACAACGGCGAGUGGAACAGUUGCGAAAUGGGGACAGUGCGGAGGAAUUGGAUGGACUGGUGGAACUGUCUGUGUGGCGGGCACGACUUGUACCUACAGUAAUGCUUGGUAUAGCCAGUGUCUGUAG